UCAUCCCGGCGCCCCGCCGUGUCUCCCUCCAGCGCAGGUCGGAACCUGAAGGAAUGGCUGCGGGAGCAGUUCUGCGACCACCCCCUGGAGCACUGCGAGGACACCCGGCUGCACGACGCCGCCUUCGUGGGGGACCUGCCCACCCUGCGGAGCCUGCUGCAGGACGAGAGCUUCCAGAGCCGGAUCAACGAGAAGUCGGUGUGGUGCUGCGGGUGGCUGCCCUGCACCCCCCUGCGCAUCGCGGCCACCGCCGGCCACGGGCCCUGCGUGGACUUCCUGCUGCAGAAAGGGGCCGAGAUCGACCUGGUGGACGUCAAGGGACAGACGGCCCUCUAUGUAGCCGUGGUCAACGGGCACCUGGAGUGUGCCAAGAUCCUGCUGGAAGCUGGGGCUGAUCCCAAUGGCAGCCGGCACCACCGCAGCACUCCCGUGUACCACGCGGCCAGAGUGGGACGGGCAGACAUCCUGCAGGAGCUCAUCAGGUACGGCGCGGACGUGGACGUGAACCACCACCCACCUUCUGGGGGCCACUCCCCGCGGCCCCUCACCACGCUGGUGGUGUGCCCCCUGUACAUCAGCGCUGCCUACCACAACCUCCAGUGCUUCCAGCUGCUGCUCCGGGCCGGAGCCAACCCGGAUUUCAACUGCUGGGGGCCCAUCAACCUGCAGGGCUUCUCCAGGGGCUCCCCGGUGUGCGUGCUGGACGCCGUCCUGCGCCACGGCUGCGACGCCGCCUUCGUCCGGCUCCUCGUGGACUUUGGGGCAGAUCUCAGCCUGGUCAAGGUGGAGGCCUUGGGAAUGGAAUCCACGGGAAGGGUCAAAGUCAACCCUGAGGCUCUGGAGGUGUUCAAAGAAGCCAGAGGCCGCCCCCGGAGCCUCCUGUCCCUGUGCCGCAUCGCUGUCCGGAGAGCCCUCGGCAAAUCCCGCCUGGAUCUCAUCCAUAUCCUUCCAAUCCCAGACCCCAUUAAACAAUUUUUACUCCAUGAACACACUUAAAGGACAACUGGCUGCUUCCCUGGAUGGUUUGGUUUGCUCAGUUUGCAGAAGCCAGGUGCCGAUCCCAACCCUUUCCCCACAGAGUGCACAUCAUUCCCUGCUCCUGGGGUUUUUU